UUUUGCCGUGGUGCCGCGGCGGUCCCAUUGUUUGAAUCUCGAUUGGGGUCAUGGCCGUCUAUAUGAUGUCUAUGAUGGGUGCAUGUAUACACAUUACAUUACACACAGGUCCUCUUUUCGGCCGACAGCACAGUGCUGGUGAUAUGCCCUGGGGUGAGGUGGGCGCUCUGGACUGCAGGAGGGCUGCGAGUGCCGUCUCGUUGCGGGCGAAUCACGUCUGGCUGGAGUGGCAGCGUGAAGGCGUUCGCCACACAAUCACCAAAGAGGGCCGGCGGCAGGGACUUGUGCCUGCAUCGCUCGCUCGCUGCAUGGCUGUAUGCAGGCCGGCUGCAGGCACGCCGGUUUUCAUUUACCUCGAGCGAUAG